UAAGGGUUUAGGUAGUGCAGUCUCUUGCCUGCCGAAAAUGUUUUUUUUAGACGCUCAUGUAUACAGCGGUUUACGGUAGUUCACCCCAUGAUCCUUUUUGUCAAACGCUAUGCUUUGUUUCUACUAAAAUACAAUUAGUUACUUUGAUGGUUCUGAACAAAAUAAGAAGAUCUUGGAGUUUGGUGACGAAUAUUUACUAUCUGUAACAUCAUCGAAGGCUCAAUAUGGAGAUCACGAAGGCUGUUGAUUUGCGGGAACAGUUAACAUCCAUCAUGGAAACCCUGGCGAAAACCGCUGUAGUUGAAAUAGGCAAACUUUUCGAAGAAAAUUCCUCUUUCCUUAAAUUGGAGAUAACGCGAUGUACCCGUGAAAAUGAAUCUCUGCAACAGAAAUGUCGUUUUUUGGAGAGUGAACUUCUAGCCGCCCGGAAAACCGCUGGAAAGAUGAACCGAACAGAAGCUUCAUUGAGCCACGGGUCGACAGACACUGCACAUCGUCCUGCAAUUGACAAUGUGUUUGGUAAGGACUGGUGCUUGAACUUGUGGAGACACGAGGAGUCAAAUGCUGCUCCAAAUGAGGACACCAAUCUGAGCUCUUCAGGUGUUACAGUAGAGCCUGUAAAUUUGCUGGAAGAAGAACCAGACAUGAUCAUGAUCAAGGAGGAGGCGUUUGAGAAGUGCUCUUCAGAUAAAACAGAGGAAGACCAAAAUAAGAGAUUGAGAGGUGCGAUCCAAAAGCAAGUAAAAGAAAUUCUCCCAGAAUUGGAUUUGAAGAAACUUCAAAAUGUGGUCAAUCAUCUUGUUUAUGUGGUGGGUGUGGAGAAGAUAGAGGACCUUACCUUUGUGGAGGUGACAGAUCUUAAGGACUUCCUGGAACCAAUACAAUGUCGAAAACUAGUCAAAACAUUAAAACAAAAAGAUUUUUUCCAAGAAUCCAAUGAACAAGAUGAAACUCCUAAUGAGAUUACGCUCACUUCAUUAUCGUCCAACGAAUCCAUUCCUGAACAGCCCUUCUUCCCUUAUUGUCCUGCAAAUUCUGAAUGGCUCCAAAGAUUUCAGAUCCCGUGGGACCGCAUGCCUCCGGCUCUCACUCAGGCGACGGCCACUGGGCAAAGGGCUCGACCUGGAGCAAGACGGGAGUUUGUUAGAAUCGUUGUGGCAGCCAUGCAAGCAAUUUGCCCAAACCCAAACCUAGCUGCAUGCAGGGAAGUGGCACGCUGGAUCGUGUCUACCUAUCCCCUGACAUUUGGAGACAUUACUGAGGAAGGGGAACAGCUAGGAAACGGCUACAGUUGCUUACAAAGACAACUGAAGACUAGGGUUGAACAUGUGAACAGAGACAUUAUGGAACACCGGAUUCGUCGACCCAGAAAAGGACUGGCGACAAAGAGAGGCGGGGAUCAGGAAAGUUAUGUGGGGAAAAAAUUCAGAAACUGUAAAGCGGACAGUUACGGUUGCGUUAACUGGCAACCUUCCUCCAUCCCAGAGGGAGAGACUCCAAACUCGCUCGAAAUGAAGAGAAAGGUUGCGGUCGAGAUCUUUCAGUCGGCGGGCCCGAGGGCUGUCGAGCUGACCAACGUAGACGACUUGAUGCAGCAGACGUACGUGUACCAACGACACAUGAUCAACUCGUGCCCCCCUCCGUCCAUUAGCGAAAUCGAGCUUAGCUGGCCGUUCCUGUUCACAGAAAGAGGACUCUGCAGGCACUUUAAAACCCUGACUGGGAUUGACAUCAAAAGUCGCUUCGGCGAAACCCUUAAUGCGAAAGCCAAGAGAAUUUUGAACUACUUCAAUAGUCAGAGGCUGAGGUGGAACGAAGAGAUCCAGAGUCUCCUGAGUGAAAUCGAUAGCGAAAGCGAUGGGACAGAUAAUAACAAAACUGCCAUAUCUGCCAUUCUGUUAAUGAUGAAGUACUUUAAGGAAAAGGAAACAUCUAUUUUCAUCGCAGCAGAUGCAACUUCCACCAAGAUGUCCAUUGAAAAAGAAAUGACCUUACCAGCAACACCAAGGCUCAUCAUGCUUGGUAAUUCCCUACUGACUUCAUCCAAGUGGUUCAUCAGCAUUGAGGGCAGAGUUUCACAUUCAAUAGACAGCCAGCUUGACUUCGGGGCAGCAUUGGCUGUGUUCUUCGGGUGCUUCUAUGUUUUCAAUAUAGAGUACGAAGAGUCGGCCAUCGCCACCCUUGAGCUCAUUCAGAGGUUCUUUGUACGGAUUAAUACAGAGGGGACUAAGUGUACAUCAAAGUCAGGCACAAGUCGAAAAACCGGGUCACCUGUCCAGAGAAAAUCCCAAAACUUUCAUCCACGUGUGGCUACAUUUAUGCAGAGGCUUUCCGAAUUUGAGUGGAAGACGUCGAAUUAAUGUUCUCUUCAUCCUAGCCAUGCACUGACUACUGCUACUACCACAGUGAACUAUUACUUCUGUGAUUUAUUUUACUUUGGUAACUUGACUUUUACUUUGUUUUCCUUGUUCUGCUCUACUGGAAUGUUGCUGGAAUGUUUGUAUUACUCUUUUACUAUGACUUACUAUAAUAUGUUCAUACAAGUCAUCCACGCAGCAAUAAAGAAAGUAUAUCAACUGUUAAA